AUGGCUGGACGAGUACGUAUUGUGUUCGAAGAAGGAGGAGCUGUGAAUCGGUUCGUGUGCAAUUCAAAAAUGAACUCUAUCCACGAAUUCACAGCAGAUUUGCUGUCAGGAGACGCUGUCAAGCUGGAUAACUAUGCUGGAAAGGCAGUUCUGAUCGUGAACACAGCUAGCACGACCACGCGGGACUUCACCCAACUCAACGAGUUGGUCGAGAGGUUCCCGCGUGACAAAUUCGCCGUCCUCGGGUUCCCAAGCAACCAGUUUGGGAAGCAGGAGAACACUAGGAACGAAGAAAUUCUCAAUUCCUUGAAAUACGUUCGUCCUGGGAACGGAUACGAGCCGAACUUCGACAUGUUUGCCAAGAUUGAAGUGAACGGAGCCAACUGUCAUCCGUUAUUUGACUUCUUGCGCCGAUCUUUGCCAACUCCAAGCGAUGACUCGUACUCGUUAAUGUCCAAUCCGCAAUUCAUUGUUUGGUCUCCGGUGUCUCGUACCGACAUUUCCUGGAAUUUCGAGAAAUUUCUCGUUGAUCAUGAAGGCCGUCCGAUCAAAAGAUAUUCGAAGGAAUUCGAAAGCAAAGAUAUCGCCGACGACAUCGAAGAACUCAUCAACAAGAUCUAAAGUCUGAAGGGAGAUCGAGAGUUAACACUAUUCCUAGUGGAAUGAUUUGAAAUGAAAAUCCUCCCCAAUGAUUUGAUUCGAUCGAUUGAUUGGAAUACGUUGACAGUGCUGAGUUCAGAGUUGAUUAUGUGACGGUCCAUGUCUCGAAAAGCGAAUAAUUUCGUCGAACUGGACCCGAUGGUACAAUUGAUUGUCAACCUGAAUCAAUAUUUGUCACUGAUGUUCCGUUCAAAUGACGGACCAAGUCUUUCUGGAAGACUUUCCUUUUUGUGCUUUCUGGACUCU